GCGGAAAUCGGGGCGCCGUUGCUUUUCGUCGGCCGCACGGAAAAUCUUAUCGCCUCGCGCGCGGCUCUGCUUUGCUUGCUUGCUGGUGCCCAUCGCCCCAUCCAUCCUGAAAAACACAGCGCCGCUGCCGUCAGCUAGCCUAGCCUGGCUAGCCCCCUCCUCCUCAUCGCAUCGCAUCGUCUCCCUCCGCUCCGCCUCCGCUCGUGUAGGCAGGCGGGCAGGCAGGCCAAGCCAACCGCGUCGCGUCAUCUUAUCUCUCUCCCAUCAUUUCAUCUGAUCUAUCGUCUCAUCUCCUAUCCCCUUUUCCUUUCUCUCUCCUCCUCCCCAUCCUCCGCUCCGCCUGCCCAUGCCCGUGGUGCUCCUGCCUUGCGCGAUUCUCCAGCAAGGCCAAGCCGGGUGUACCUCCGCCGGAGGAACAAGAACGCUCGCUCGCGGAGACCACACAGCGUUCCUGUGAUUCGCAGGUCGUGAUCGGAGCCGGAGAAACAGAGCGCCGGAAUAAAGCUUCGUCCUUGGGGGCGACUUCCAUGCAUGGAUGGCAAGGAACUCAUCUCACCGUCCGACCUGCAGUCAUUCUACCAGCAGCACCAACAGCAGCAGCAGCAGCACCGGGCCGCGCUCGCCGGCGGCGCCGCCCAUAGCCCGUCCUCGCUGGCCGGCAUGCACUCCGUCAUCCGCCCCAUGCCCAACAUGCCCAACAUGAACAUGAGCGCCACCGCGAUCCUCAACUCCAUCGGCGGGGGCUCCCUCGCCGGCAUGCAGUUCCAGAUGGACACCGCGCCGCCGCCAUUGAUGCACAACAGCACCAUGGGCUCCGUCUCCGCCUCCGCCUCCGGCACGGUCCCGCCCGCCCCGGCCCCCGCCGAGCCCGUCAAGCGGAAGAGAGGGAGGCCGCGCAAGUACGGGCCCGACGGCACCAUGAAGGCGGCGGCGCAGCAGCAGCAGCACCUCGUCAGCGCGCCGCCGAGGAUGGGCUCGUCCAUGUCAGGCCCCGACAUGCUGGGCACCCGGGGGAUGGAGGACCCGGCGCAGAAGAAGCGCCGUGGGAGGCCACCGGGCACCGGGAAGAAGCAGCAGACGUCGCCCUCCGCCGUAGGCAAUGCGUUCGCUGGUUCAGCUGGAACGAGCUUCACUCCGCACAUCAUCACGGUACCUCCUUCAGAGGACGUCGCGGCGAAGAUCGCUGCCUUCGCGAACCAGUCUUCAAGGGCGGUGUGCGUCCUCUCGGCGACGGGGUCCGUGUCCAGGGUCGUGCUGCGCCACCCGGGCGACGCCUCCCCCAUGACAAGGGUUCACUCGUCGCCGCCUUACAAGAACGCGGCCAUCUACGAGGGUUUCUAUGAGAUCCUAAGCCUAACCGGCUCUUACAACCUGGCCGAGGGCUCACAACAGGGGCAGGGCCAACAGCAAAGCGGCGGACUCAGCGUCACGCUCUGCAGUCCGGAGAGGAAUGUGAUUGGAGGUGUUUUGGGUGGCCAACUGGUAGCUGCAAGUACCGUGCAGGUUGUAUUGGGGAGCUUUCACCAGGGAGGGUCGAGAUCCAAGUCGAAGAAAGCGGCGAAGCAGGCGGCCUUCAGCCCGGACUCGCUCACCGGCGGGCAAGAGGCGUCGCCCAGCCCCGGCCACAACCAACAAAAUCUAACGCCGCCCUCCUCCGUAACAGGAGGGUGGCCGACCUCCGGGAUAUUUGACACCAGAAGUUCCACCAUUGAUAUCAACUCAUCUAGAGGCUAGCUCAUUUGUCGAUAAUUCCAGUUCUCUCUCGCCAGAAUUUUCUGUUUGCACAAGAAUACCCAAACCAUACUUCCAAAUAGCUUAUUCGGUUUUUUUUUCGAGUAAAUUGUUAUAGAAUUCAAUUCACUAGGCGUCGCUCAAAUGUUCUUGCUUAUUCGAAUCUGAAGAUGCCCCUUCUUCCUUGUAUCAUGUGCCAUUCCCAGUCA